GUUUUUAUCGUAAGAGUCGGUUCACUUUGACCAUAUACACGGAGAAAUGGAAAAUUUAAUCGGCACAAACAAUGUUGCCGCUCACCUGUAUUUGAGACCUGUAGUCAAGUAAAGGCAGGCUAGCUCAAAUCUUAAUCUUCGAUCAUGUCCUCAUCAAAUCCAAAUUCUUACGUAAAGUUCUCCGAGACCAGUGCUCCACCGGCUGUAGGUGUUCCGGUGAGCUCCAGCAACCCGUAUUUUAGUCAUCCUGCUCAUCAUCAUGACAACUUCAACUCCCACAUGCCCGCUGCUCCCCCAUAUCAUCUCCAUCCAACUGCCCCCGAGCCUUGGAAAUCUGGAAUAUUUGACUGCUUCUCCGAUCCUCAAAGCUGCUGCAUAACACUCUGCUGUCCAUGCAUCACUUUUGGCCAGAUUGCCGAGAUCGUAGAUAAAGGCUCUACAUCUUGCGGGGUAAGUGGAGCAAUUUACGCCGUGAUUGCUUAUAUGACUGGUUGUGCCUGCAUCUAUUCAUGCUUCUACCGCUCCAAACUGAGGCACCAGUAUUCUCUGGACGAGAGUCCUUGUGGUGAUUGUUUGGUUCACUGCUUCUGCGAGCCCUGCGCCUUGUGCCAGGAGUACCGUGAACUCCAAAGUCGCGGUUUCAACAUGGCUAUCGAGCAUCUCCAAAUUUUGUGUACAUCAUCAACUGCAGUGUGGAAGCUUGUGGCUGAACCGCUGAAGUGGAUAAAACGCAGAUUCCAUUUUUUUAAAAUUUUAUUUGAGGAUGAUGCACCUGGAUUAAGAGUAAAAAACAAACAAGCAUUGAGUUUCGUAUUUUGCAAAGUAUGAGGACAAACUUUACAAUUUGGAUUCAGUUGGGUGAAGACCUGGGAAGUAUAUUCUUUGUCUAAUAAUACAGGUCAUUCCACUUAAUAAAUGUAUUAUUUUUCCUUCAUUUAUAGGUAAAAAAAAUUGAUUUAUUUUAUAAUGAUGUUUGAUUCAUGAUUGAAUUGCCAAAUAGAA